AUGGAAGCGUCAGCACCACAACCGGAUGGCAGCGAGUUGGCAUCAAAGCUCGUUUCCUUGCUAUCUAUAUCAGUCAUGAGCAUCUUAUUUGGCAUCAAGACAUUCAAUGUGCAGUUCAAGUACCUGACUUAUUCACGUUGGCUGGUUUUGACGUUAUACAUCAUCUCAUGGGGAUUCACGUGCGCUGCGACGUUAUUUGUGUCGACCAACAACCAAAACCUUUUAUCAUGCUUUCUCUCUGAAAUGGCUUGCGACAUUUUUUAUUCAGCAACCAAGAUCAUUAUCUAUGGAUGGCUCAUUGAAAAGGUGUGGGUGGUGUCAUCCGUUCGCAAAUCUCGAUGGAAGACCAAGAGCUAUAGAAUUCACAUGAUGCUCCUUGCCCCUUAUAGUGGCAUUGCUGCUAUCAUGAUUGUAUUCCAUAUUGCAGAAAUUGAAGAAAGUGGUAUAUGCAUCAUUGGUCUUAAACCCGUAGCAAGCAUACCCUUACUAAUUUUCAACCUUUAUUUCACCAUCCUCUUUGUGCUGCCAUUGAUACGUAUUGGCAGGAGUGUGCAAACUGAUUGGAAGAGUUCACGUUUGCAUGAAGUGGCUCUACGCACCUUGGCAGCAUCCACGGUGUGUCUUUUUGUAUCGUUUGCCAACAUUUUGGCCUUGGUGAUCUUAAACGGUCGAGAGCGUGGUGUCUUGUGUCUUACAUGUUGUACGGUUGAUGUCACUAUCAACGUUAUCACCAUUCACUGGGUGACUUCCAAUCCAGCAGGCAAAACAAGCAAGGAUCACGUAUACAGCAUGGAUAAUAAGGAAACAUCUACACCUGAUCGACGCACAGCAACUACGGAUGAGCAGACUCAAAUGCAUCAACGUCUUGCACAAAAAGACUUGUACAAUGUCGGCAUUGACGAGUAUAUUGCAAGCAACACGACACCAGCUCCGCCAGGUGAACAUGCUGGUGGCACACUCGGCUACAUGGGUGAUGAAAGCCGUGUGGCGAAUGAAAAAGGUGGUGCAGCAGCAGGUCGUAACGAAUUACCUGGAUACCUCGAUUCAAAUGAUCUCAUGGGCACAACCACAGGUGUCGUGCCUAUGGGGAGGGAAACGCAAUAUCGAUACGUCAAUGGUCGUUUUAUGAUGAUUACAUCAGAGAAAGGGGAUGAUGACGAUGACUCGUCGUCGAUACAAGAAUCCCAAAGUAGCCGCAAAUCGCUCACAAAGCCUUACAACAGCUAA